AUGAGCAGGAACGAGAUUGAGACUCUUUUUCUCAAUGAGGAUCUCAGUGAACGUCCGUUUGCAUCGCGUGAUCUCGCUCAGUUCAUCUGUAAGAUGAAUCAUCUAGAGAAGCUCACACUCUACGGUCAGUAUCAUGAUGACUUCUACUCAACAGCAUCAUCGAUGGCAACAACUACAAAGCAAAUAGACACUCUUGAUCUCUAUGCUGAUCUCAGUGAACGUCCGUCUGCAUUACGUCACCUCGCUCAGUUCCUUUGUACAUGUUGUAAGAUGAAACAGCAUCAUGAUGACAUCUACUCUUCAUCAUCAUCGAUGGCCUUGACUGCAAAGGAUCAAUGCAACACGAGCUCAACUGUGACUGAUCUGACCGUUACCGAUUGGACACUAAAAGAAUGGCAGGAUUGUGGUUCGAUGUUUGACAAUGUGAAGAGUUUCACCAUACAGGUACGGGUCAAGAUCGGAUGUGACGUAAUUAAGAAGAUCCAUCUACCAUGUCUACCAGCAGCGACAGAACUUACCAUUGAA